ACUUACAAUCGACAUGCAGUUGCUAAUCCGCACCCCUAGAGUCAUCAGCCAAAUAUCACUCUGUGACCGCGGUGGGGCCAAUCCGAGUAGAAGACCUGAACCACAUCGAUUCCUGGCGGGCUUAUCUGGCUUUGGCCCAAUAAUUGACAACCGGCAUCGACUGACAAAUAUACAGCAUCUAUAAGCCGCGGACGGAGCGUAGAUGCCGGUGUGAAAGCAGUGCCCACAGGCUACACUGUCAGACCAUGCUCUUUGUUGUCCUUUGUUACUUUGAAGGUCCAGAACCUCUGUUUGCUGUUAACUGUUUCAUUGUUUAGCUUGCAAUGGUAGAUGCCAAUAGGAAAAAUAGUUAAAAGCAGAACCUGGACAUCGAUCGAGGACUAUCUUGCUUCGAGAAGCCAUAGAAGACCAGCCACCACCGACUGCAGACCGCGCUAGAAGUGUGUAUGGAAUUCCAGGACCAAGGGAUUGUGUCCAUCCUGACCAAAGUUUUAGUCCAGCCAAUGGAGACCGAAACGUCCACCCCAACGGGUGCACCUCCAAGGGUUAAAACCAAGGCUAAACCAAGUUGCCGGCAACAGACGUUAAAGUUUCUGGACAGCAGACCCGCUCUCAUUGCCGUGUGCACACUGGUUGUCAUUGAGUGUGUGUGCGUGCUGGUGGAGCUCAUGGUCGACCUGCAGGGGAUUAGGUUCAGAUUUGAAAAUGAAGAACACGAAAUUCAAAGAUUUGUGGAUUAUCUGAAGAAGUCCUACCCUGCGGAAUUUCAUUCUUUUGAAGGGAGGACAAUGGAGGAUAUUAUCUACAAAUUGCAGAGCAAAAUCAGAUUAAGAAGUGAGAAUGAUCUAUACUGUUUACCUUGCAAUUGUAACCAGAAUCACACCAUAUCUAUGCCAGGCCCUAAGGAUUACACGUUACUUAAAGACACAACUAAACCCAACGGAAAACCUGUAAAUAGUUCCUCCAAAUCUUCUCAAAGUGAUAUUGUGACUACAAAACCCUUGACUAGUGGCAUAUUGGACGAUGGCGGGGGUGGUGCUACCCAUUUUACGGAAUUGCAAGAUGGCAAUAGUGUGAUUGAAAACAGGACAACGACAGGUAAUGAUACAGUUGUUCCUCUUGACCUCAGCAAAGUGUUUGUCUUGGAGAUUAACAACGUUAAGGAGAGUUUCUUUCUUGUGGCGGAGUACUACCCAGAACAUGUGGCUCAGGACACGACGAAGCAUCAACAUUUCCACAGCGAGUACGAGAAAAUACACGAAGUCUCCACUGGAAUCCAUCUCGGGAGUCUAGCGAUACUGUCAAUUAUGGUAAUCGAGACUUUCAUAAAGCUGUUCUGUGUUGGUUUAAAGUUUUUCAAGAAAAAGUUCGAGGUAUUUGACGCCUUCAUAGUGAUAGCAUCGUUUGCCUUGGAUUUCAUCUUUCUGGACAGCCGCUGGUAUGAGACAGGGAAAGAUGCUACAACGAUCCUCGUCUUGUUACUACCAUGGAGAGUAGUGAGGAUUGUAAAUAGUUUCCUGAUGACGGUGAAUCAUAAACACCAUAUUGAAAUGAUGACCAUAAAACGCGCUAAAAAGAAGAGUGAGGUGAAGAACGCAAAGCUGAACACAUUACUGGCAGAAAUACGGAAAGACGUCCAGCUGUUAGUCGCCCUGUGCAAAAGCAAAGACAUCCCCGAAAUUGAAAUAUCAGCAUGCGUUUAUGGCAAAGGGCGACAUAAUGCAACAAUAGCCGCCAUGUCUUCAUUCGCAUCUCUCAUGCUGAUCAGUACACUGGGUAAAAACGCUAUAUACGAGGACGAAAUAUAUGGCAAACUCUUCAGAGAGGCUCUGGCAGACGAAGACGAAGACGAGGACGAAAACGGAAAUGACGUAAAAGAGGAUACGGAAGUGGACGAAGCGAUUGAGAUUGAUGUAAAACCAGCCAAAAAGGUAGAGACUAAGAAAAAGAAGCCCAAAAAAGUUCUUUGGAAGCGAAGUCAUACGGUUCCUCGUAGAAGUCAUAGUAUUGAAAAUAUUGAAAAUGGGAACGUGUUUUACGUCAACGAUGGUUUCUUAAGUGCGACAGCCAAAGAUGAUAGAGCUGCGUCGGAAGAAGCACGUAGAGCUAGUUUUCACAGUAAAGCCUCAGUUCGUAGUACACCAGGGUACACGAGGGGGAGCAAUUAUGUGGUGAGUGACUUUCGAAGUCACAACACAAGUAACAUACCUCUGAGGCGCGAGGACAACUCCGAAGAAGAGAUCAAUGUGUGAUACGAAGAGCACCCCAGGACCCUACAACGUCUAGUCUUUUAUCAAAUAUCCCAUUAUUCUUCUAAUGCAAUAUAUGCCUGCACGGGGUUGUUUUUUAUCAGCUUCAUUUAGAAAGUUGUCCUGAAGAGUACCUGUUCGAGAAGUAUUCUUUACAGGAGUUUCCACUAUUCCUUGUUGAUAUGAUCAUUGUUGUCAUAAUGCCUUACAACUCUGAAAAUUUAACAUCCUUAUACGUAGAUAAUACAAAUGCAUUAUUGAAGAUGACGUUACGUAUAUUGGACGUUAAAACAUAAAAAUAUCAAAAAUUGCAUGACAGUUUCAUGUCAAAUAUAAUUUUCACCUCUAAUAGGAUGAGUUUAUGUUUAUUAACAGAUAAAAAUUCAUUAAAGAAAUCAUAAGCUACAGUGAUUCUUACUCUCAAAUCAAUAUAUCUUGUCAUGUGCGCCUUCACUUUAAUCUGCCAAAGGUGCUUUUACUGUUUCAGGGUGAAGUACUUCAGUCAACCAAAUGUCUUACGCCACAGGGUAUAAUUUGUUCUCCUGAAUCUACCCUCUAUAAAUACAGCUGGUGUUUGAUUUUCUUACCAGACCAAGUUAUCAUAUUUGGUAUGUUAUCACGGGUUAUAGUCAAAAUGACCGCAACACAUUGGUUAAAAUGGCCUUAAAAGCAGUCAAAGUGACCACACACUUCUAGUUCAAAUUGCCACAUAAAAAGUCAAAAUGUCCGCACUAAAAAUGUGAAAAUAACAUUUGUAUGUUAUAUAUCCUUUUUUCAUUUCAUAUGACAUAUCUUAACAGCAGUUUAGGCAUCAAGAUCACAUAGCCGCUUCCCAUUUUCACUAGGGUUUGAGGCCAUUUUGAUUUUUUAUGUGGCUAUUUUGACCAGGGUGUCUGUGGCCACUUUGACCUGUUCCCUGAAAACACUUGGUAGGGACAGCGCAAGAACAUCAUCCAAAUUUAAAUUCACCUUGGUAUAUUGAUGUUUAAGAAUAGGAUUUGCCAAGAGAAGAUAUCACAGUAAUUCAUGAUCUCAAAAAUAUGGCAUUAAAAUUAAUUUUAGAAAUAAUGAAAAAAUUGAAUUUAUUUUCAACAUUAAAGAAACAUCCGACAGACAAUUAAUCAGUUUGAUAUUUCCUUACUGGAAAUCAAACUUUGAUACAUUUCAUAACUGAAAUCUGAUGAUAUAUUGCAAGCAGUGCCGUAUUAUAGUACUGGCAGAACGUUCAUAUAUCAUUCUUUAAAUGUAAUAUUUAAGACAUGUAUGCAUCAUUAGUGUUAAUGUUCAAAACAAAGUCACUAAUUUCUUUUUGAAAUAUAUUUCGUUGUCUGGAUAUCCUUCUAGGACGAACUGGAGGUAAUAUGCAAAAGCUGAUGAAGUCCUUGCUCGUCGUUUCAUUUUCGUUUUUGAACUUCUAUUUUGCACUGUUAUCUGACGUUUUCGCCACAUCUACACAGCUGACACCAAGUGGCUAAGUUCUUUUAUGUACUUUACUACGUACUUUACGAUAUACUUUAGAAUGCACUACACUGAGUAGUGUUCUCCUGUACUACAGUUAGCAUCAGACGCCACGGCAAUUGCGACUGUAACUGGAACUCAGUUCUAUUUGGUUCCUCAGGCAAACAUGUUUGCUUCGCUUACAGCUAUCAGUGAAUUAAACUAUGCAUAGACAUCACGUGUUUGUAAAAUAUGUAAAUUUGUUUCAUGUUAACUUAACUGAAGUGCGAUACUGAACUAAAUUCAAUAUUUCAUUUGACUAGGUCCAUCAUUCUGUAUGUGAAAACCUUUCUGAACAACGAAACAAUACCAGAUUUCUUGUAGAAUUUACAUUUCCGACUUGAAACAUCAAGUGACAUCAAGAUAUUUAACAUCCUCGUUUUAUUACAUUAACAUGGUUUAAAAGGUACUGCAAAGAAUCUACGCGCCAUAUCCGCCAUCUUAUACCUCAAAUACAUUUAAGAUACAGACUGAGGGAAUACCUCUUUCAAAGUUAACCGUACAAAAAAUAAAACCGAUAAAAAGUUUUGCUUUGACGAGCAAAUUUUGAUUCUACGAAUCGCUGGUGUAUGCAAAAAAGAUAUUGUGAACAAGCCUUCUACUUCUAUACAUAACCAUUUUUUAUCAUUACUACUAUUAUUCCCAGAAUGCACAAUUAAUUCGUAAUUAUUUGACCGAGUGACGUUUAAGGUCGCUUUCAACAACAGUUUUUAUCAAUGGCUGUCAGCUUAAUGUGACAAUAAAUUCCAGAGUACCGCAGGUUGUAGAUAUUUUCCGCAUUAAUGGAACCCACGCGCACGCGCAUGGUUUGUCAUAAUCAGAGUGAAUAUCAAAUUUGAUUUCGCGAUGAACGCAUCCUGGCACAGCUAAGACGCAUAACUUUAUAUAGCUUAUUGUGGCGCCAUGCCACUCAGCUGCACCUAGGGAUCGCUGUGGACAAGGUUGUAGGCAAUAAAUGCCGAAGGAAGGAGCGAUGUAGAUUUAACCCAAACCUAAAACAACUAUUAAAGAUUGAAAUCAAAAGUGUAUGUCAAAUACACAUAAAAAUAUGUAUACUUGAUCCAGGUUUCUAUUUCCGGACAAACCCCUCUGUAUAUAUGACGGUGGGAUAUUCUCGUACUAACAUUUUUACUCAUGCAGACUUUCUGUAAGUUCAUGAGAGUUGUCAGAAAAUUACAUGAAGCUUUAUGAAAAAAAUAUAAUAUUAUAAGAAGGUACCCAGCGCAUUUCUAGAGUCAGUCCAGUCGUGUGUGCACAGUGUUAGGCAUAUUCGGAGUUUCGGGCUAACUAUCCUUGCUGACAAUUAACAAUACAGCAAUAAAAAUGUGUUUUCGAUUAUGAUGUAUGGUUGAUACAUACCUGUAACUUGUUGACAUAUUAAAUCAAUGCCUCAUUAUAUUACUGGCAAAACGCUCAUAUAUCAUUCUUUGAAAAUGAUAUUCUGUCCUAAUCGACAUGUUUAUUGUCUUAGACGUACGUGCAUUUUGACGUUGCCAAUAGUAUUGUGUUCAGGACGAAUGUUAACAGUUAAAACCCAACAACCAAUAGUGAUUCUGUUUUUAAUGUUCUGUCAUUAUCAUAAUGCUGUAAGCCAAAGGUUCAUCAAGUAAACAGGUUCCGUAAAGACCAAAAAGUGACCAAAUAUAUAUAUAUAUAUAUAUAUAUA